CAUGCAGGGGCGGACUGACCAUUUGGAAAUUCGGGCACUGCCCGAGGGCCCAGGGUCAGUAGGGAGCCCCAUGAGAUGCCCCUGGUACCUUUUUCAUAGGCUUUUUUUGAGUUUGGGAAAGGACACAGGGGCCCCAUGAUCCUCUAUUGCCCGGGGGCCCCAUGGGUUGUCAGUCCGCCCCUGGUAACAUGAACACAGUUUACCUCUUCCACUAAGCUGUUAACAUUAAUUUAGCAAAUACCAGGACAAGCAAUAAGGCCAAA